AUGCAACUCCGAAUAAUCUACCGCGGUAGCGAAUUGCUCACCCUAUCAGCCGAAGUUGGUACUUCCGUGCUGCAAGUGAAGGCUGCCAUUGCCAAGGCGCUUCGAGUCCCACCGAAGGAUCAAAUACUCACGUUCAAAGGUGUAUACCUCGAAGACUCGAGAAGGCCUAGAGAAUUUGCGAUUGUAGAUUCUGGCUCGCUGGAAUUAUGUCUGCCUCCAAAUCAUCAGAACAUUAUCUCUGUACGAGUGGUUAUUUCGGCAGAGGAAGUCUACACCAUUCCAAUCGGUUGCAGUGCAACAGUGGCAGAACUGCGUGCCGAGAUUGUCAAGCGAGCUAGUCGAUAA